AUGCCCAACGAAAUCCACCUUCGGCUUCCAUCCAGGAUCUCAUCGUCGCCUACUACUGCUGCCGGUGCUGCGACUGCUGCUCCCCCGGCCAAUUGUCCAGAAAUAUCAAGCACGAUCCCGUUGCUCGGGACAUGGUACGUCCUGAGCUCCUCGAUCGAGUUCUUGAAGGACAAGAAAAAUGUAUCCAUUACAUAUUCACUAAAGGAACCCGACCAGCCGUCUACAGAGACCGAUGGUGGCAUCGUUGAGUUUACAGACGAUACUGUCCUUAACUCGGUAACUUCUUACCAAUCGAUUUCGGAGGACACUGAUGAUGUUGGUACCACCGAAGGGACAGAAAGACCGACCCCAAACUCUCUCCCAGGAAUAUUUACUUGGCGAGGCACCGGCUUCGCCAAGUUUAUUACCAACCGAUGGGAGGUUUUGGGCUACGGCAAGCUUCCAGCUGAGGGCAGUAGACCCAUAAGGGAAGGUGACGAGCAGCCUAUGUGGAUGGUCAUAUAUGCGGAUAAGUCGAUGUUUACCCCCCCAGGUCUAAGUAUCCACUCAAAGGGCACCAAGUCGCUUCCACCCCAGACUAUGGAUCUGAUAAAGAAAGCCUUGGGUGGUUUCCAACCCAAGGAAUUAAAGGACUCCAUUCGCGAGUUUUUGGCAUAUCUAUUCAUACACGUCGCAUAA